AAUGAGCCAUAAGACUCGCUCCAUUGUCCAAAUCAAACUCAUUCUAUCUUUCUGUUAACGAAAUUUAUUUCUGUGCGUAUGUUUAUCUUCUUCUUCUUCUUCUUCACUUUCUCUGUUUUGUAUUAGGUUUUUCGUUUCUAAAGUCGUGUACAGAUUAAUAAGUGAAAGGCUUAAAAGUUUUCAGAUCUGCUCUCAACUCAAGGUUUAUUUUUCUCGAAUUCUGCGAGUUCUGGUUUAAGUGGAAGAACUUGGUGGUAUUCUCAGCAGGAGGCUUUCGCUUUUGGGCCAAAAUGUCGGCUACGCCAGAUCGGCGUGACCAUUUAGCUGGCUUGACUCUUGACGCCGUCUUGGCUCAUGGAAGAAUUGUGGAGCCGCCUCCGCCCCCAACUCCGCCAGAAACAUCUUCAGGCCGCAGGCUUGUUGACAUGAUUCGCGACGAAGACCCCGUUAACAGAAACGUUGAUCACAAAGACAAGAGUAGUUGGCAAAUCUUUCGAGAUCGUCUCCGUAUGAAGCGUGCCGGCGCUGCUUGGACCUCGAGUGUAAAUAUUCCAGCUUCGGAUAUCCCUAUCCUGCCUAGUGGCAAUCAUGGCUCCCAGCUUUCUCGGCGCUCUUCGGUCAGGUUACAAACAAGUCCUUCCAAAAAUUUGGGCGAGUCAACUCAGCCUGGAGAUCCAGUUGUCAUUUCCAGACCUCAGUUCAUGCGCCGGACCUCGACUAGGCUUGCCGCAAGUGCAAUUCCGACCGAGUCGACUCAAAAUGAUGAUACGCCGGAUAUAUCCAUGCCUAGUGAAGCUCCGCCGUCUCGUAGCUUCAGACCACAGAUGUCCCGCGGCAACUCGACGCGGUUGCCGUCGUCCGAAUCCGACGAGCCGUACGUGGACCCUUUUGAAGUUGCGCGGGAGAAAAAUCGUCGGCUGGCAAUGACAUUGGCGAAAGAGAAGGCGAUCUCCGCACGAGAGGCUGUUGCAGCUCAAGAGGCCGCAGAAGCGGAGGCUGCUGCUGCUGCAGCGGCGGCGGAAGCAGAAGAAGCAGCGGGGGCGGAGGAAGCCGCUACUGGGACUGACGAGGAACCUGAAGCGGCGUCGGAAGAACCGCAGGCGGCGGGGAUGUCAUUGCUUGAUUUGUUAGACACAAUGGGUUUUGAAGAAGAAGAGGAAGAGGAAGAGGAAGAAUCAGCAGGUGUGGAGUCUACUUGCUGCGUGUGCAUGGUGAGGCAUAAAGGUGCGGCGCUCAUACCAUGCGGACAUACUUUUUGCAGAUUAUGUUCAAGGGAAUUACGGGUGCAGAGGGGAAGCUGUCCUUUAUGCAAUAGCUUCAUUUUGGAAAUACUUGACAUAUUUUAAUCUGAAAAAACAAAAUCUUAUCAUCUUGUUUGGUUGAGGAGAAAACUUGUGGAAACAGCUUUGUCACAUUUCUCUCUCUCUCUCUCUCUCUCUCUCUCUCUCUCUCGUGUUAGUUUUUUUACUUUUUAAUAAUGAAUUGCUUUGACAAAAUUUGGAAUAGCGAGCAAAUAAUUAAUGGAAGAUUUGAAGGUGUUUCUGAA